AUGGAAGAACAGGAAGGAAAUUUGCAAGCGGAAGAAUUGGAAUUUGCACCAGCAGCACUGGAUGACUCUCUGCCAGAAGUAAAGGAUCAAGAAACUUGGGGACAGAAGAGGACCCCAGACCUACUUUCAUUAGCACACUAUUUCGCAUGGCACUAUCAUGAAAUGCUUGGACUGGAUAGAGGAUUGGUGGAACACAAAUUACCAAUAAAAGAAGGUUACCUACCAGUCAAGCAGGCCAGAAGAAGGAUGUCCAUGGAGACAGAACUGAAAGUCAAAGAAGAAGUGGAAAGGCUGGCUAAAGCAAGUUUGAUCAAGCCAGUCAUUUAUGCUGAUUGGUUGUCCAAUAUUGUACUAGUCCUUAAGAGGAAAACAGGGGCAGUCAGAAUAUGUGUGGAGUACAAAAACCUGAAUGCAACAUCUCCCAAAGAUGAGUAUCCAAUGCCUAUGGCAGACAUGCUGGUAGACAAAGCUGCUCACAAUCAAAUGCUAUCAUUCAUGGAUGGCAAUACAGGAUACAAUCAAAUAAUGGUGGCAAAAGAAGACAUCCACAAGAUAGCCUUCAUGUGUCCAGGGCAUAUAGGUGUUUUUGAAUACACUGUAAUGCCUUUUGGUUUGAGAAAUGCAGGAGCCACUUAUCAAAGGGCAAUGAAUUCUAUUUUCCAUGACAUGAUAGGUCAUUCUCUAGAGGUCUAUAUAGAUGAUGUGGUGAUCAAGUCUCCAGAAAAAGGAGAUCAUGUAUCCAAUCUAAAGAAAGCAUUCUUAAGUAUGAGAUAG